GUUUGUCAACCGUAAAGAGCUCCAUUAACGCUUGACGCUUGCCUCCCGUCGUCGCCAUGAACCUGAACCAGAUGAAGAACGCGUCCAACCUGCACGCGGCCAACGCCACGAGCGUCGUGGGCAACUCUAUGGCGAUUCCGUCGCGUCUGGGUGCUGCCGCUGGAGCUGCCAAUGGUGCUGGGGCCGCUGCAGCGCAGCCCACGGCCGUUUCCAUGAACCAGUUGGGACAGAUGAACCUCAGCCAUGUACGAAGCGCCGCCUUCAAACCCGCGGUCCCUGUGGGCGGAGCCAGCGUAGUGCUUCCCAGUGCCGGUGCUGCUGCUGCUGUGCCCAACACUGCGGGCGCAGGUGCGCUGCAGCUGUCGGGCCGCUGGUCGCUCGACCGCGAGGACUCGGACUCGACCAAUGACUACUUGGAGGCCAUGGGACUGCCGCUCAUCGCCCGCCAGGCCGCAGAUAAGCUGGAUCUCAUGGUAAUUAUCAGCCAGACACCCGGAGACUUUAUCAUCACGCGCCGCACGCGUAUCUUCACGGAGACCAAACAGCUCAAGUUCGGCCAGGAAGUCAACGUCAAGAACAAUCUCAUCACCGUCACGGGCGACGCGUCGCAGAUCAAGACCGUCACGCAGCUCUCGGGCUUCCGCGGCGUGCUCACAGAUAUCCGUACGCUGGACCCGCGAGGCCGCAUGCACGUGGAGCUGACGCUGACGCUCCCUGAAAAGCCGCCAGUUAUCAUCAACCGCUACUUCAAGAAGACCAGCGAGUCCACAUCACUGGAGAACCUACCGGCGUUCGACAUGAGUCUCGAGACCUCGGGCGAUGUCAAGCGGAAGCGUUAAUCUGGUACUAACGUUAUGUUUUGUAGAUUUGGGUAUCCGCAGACUCCUGGCAGAUCGAAGCGGGGGUAGAGGCAUUUUAUUGCGCAAUUUACUGGACGUUCACAUGGA